CGGGAUUUCCGGAGUCCGCGCAGCCAAUGAGCGCAUUCCACAUGCGGCCAGCGAGAGCGGUGCACGAGGAUCAGGAGAGCGGCGGAACGGAGACACGCGAUUGGUGCUGAUGGUGCAAGAGCUGCGAACACCGAAUACCGGCAGUUUACCACCGUUUACGAGAACGAGCCGAAGAUAGAUCCGAGUGGUUGUUUAACGUUAGUUGGUAAACGUUAAUCACAAGGACUCUCUGGAGAGUACGAAGGACUAAUAAAGCUGAAGAUCAAGCGAGUUUAUAAUGUGCGAUAUAUAUUUUUUGCCGUAUUAGUCCGGAAUAGUAAGUUUUUUUCCCACGUUAAUCUCAUCGAUCAUCGGCAUCACUAACCACUGUAAUCCAACUACAUUUUUUAUCAAGUUUUUUGUGGGUCCGAAGGUCUCGGGACUUAAAGAAGCCCGCUUGGGGAGGUCGAGAGUCCGAUUGUAACCAAGGUGUUCGUCUGUCCACGAUGGAGAACGCUCAUACGAAAACGGUGGAGGAAGUUUACAGCUUUUUUGCCGUGAAUGAGAGCACUGGACUCGGUUUGGAGCAAGUGAAGCGGCAGCGGGAGAAAUGGGGACCGAACGAAUUGCCUGCAGAAGAGGGGAAAUCACUGUGGGAGUUGGUGAUGGAGCAAUUUGAGGAUCUUUUAGUGAGGAUUCUUCUCCUGGCAGCUUGCAUUUCUUUUGUGUUGGCGUGGUUUGAGGAGGGAGAGGAGACCAUCACUGCAUUUGUGGAGCCUUUUGUAAUAUUGCUAAUUCUUAUAGCCAACGCUAUUGUAGGAGUUUGGCAGGAGAGAAAUGCAGAGAAUGCCAUUGAGGCCCUUAAAGAGUAUGAGCCAGAGAUGGGCAAGGUAUAUCGGCAAGACAGGAAAACUGUGCAGAGGAUCAAAGCCAGGGACAUUGUACCUGGAGACAUUGUUGAAGUUGCCGUGGGUGACAAAGUUCCUGCCGACAUUCGCUUGACUUCAAUCAAGUCGACGACCCUGAGGGUGGACCAGUCCAUUUUAACAGGAGAAUCCGUGUCAGUCAUCAAGCAUACAGACCCUGUCCCUGAUCCUCGGGCUGUGAACCAGGACAAAAAGAACAUGCUCUUCUCUGGUACCAACAUUGCCGCAGGCAAGGCGGUGGGUGUAGUGAUUGCCACUGGCGUAAACACAGAGAUCGGCAAAAUCCGUGACGAGAUGGCAUCCACAGAACAGGAGCGCACACCGCUGCAACAAAAACUGGACGAGUUCGGCCAGCAGCUCUCCAAGGUCAUCUCGCUCAUCUGCAUCGCUGUGUGGAUCAUCAACAUCGGACACUUCAACGACCCCGUCCACGGCGGCUCAUGGAUCCGCGGAGCCGUGUACUACUUCAAGAUUGCCGUCGCUCUGGCUGUGGCCGCCAUCCCGGAAGGCCUGCCCGCUGUCAUCACCACAUGCCUGGCUCUGGGGACUCGUCGAAUGGCCAAGAAGAACGCCAUUGUGCGGUCUCUACCCUCUGUGGAGACCCUGGGCUGCACUUCUGUCAUCUGCUCUGACAAGACCGGAACACUAACCACCAAUCAGAUGUCUGUCUGCAGGAUGUUCAUUGUAGAUCAAGCAAAUGGAAACAGCUGCUCUUUAAAGGAGUUCACCAUUACCGGCUCUACAUAUGCCCCUGAUGGACAAGUGUUUCUUGAUGGUAAACCAGUGAGAUGCUCCCAGUAUGAGGCGCUGGUUGAAAUGGCCACCAUCUGUGCUUUGUGCAAUGAUUCCUCUCUGGACUACAAUGAGGUCAAAGGUGUGUACGAGAAGGUGGGAGAAGCCACAGAGACCGCCCUCACAUGUCUGGUGGAGAAAAUGAACGUGUUUGACACUGAUAUAAAAGGCCUUUCUAAGGUUGAGCGAGCCAAUGCGUGCAACUCAGUCAUCAAACAGUUGAUGAAGAAAGAAUUUACUCUUGAGUUCUCCAGAGACAGAAAGUCCAUGUCCGUAUACUGCACUCCCAACAAAGCCCGUUCCUCUAUUGGCAAGAUGUUUGUUAAGGGGGCUCCUGAGGGAGUGAUUGACAGAUGCACGCACAUCCGGGUGGGAGGGAACAAGGUUCCCUUGACGGCAGGUAUUAAAGAGAAGAUCCUGUCUGUGAUCCGUGAGUAUGGCACAGGACGCGAUACACUACGUUGUCUGGCUCUUGCCACCCGAGAUAACCCAUUGAGUAAAGAAAAACUGGUGCUAGAGGACGCGACUCGGUUUGUUGAGUAUGAGACCGAUUUGACAUUUGUGGGAUGUGUGGGCAUGCUGGAUCCUCCCCGUGCCGAAGUAGCAGCUUCCAUCAAACUGUGCCGUCAGGCGGGCAUCAGGGUAAUCAUGAUCACUGGUGACAACAAGGGGACGGCAGUCGCCAUCUGCAGGCGCAUCGGCAUCUUUGGCGAGGAAGACGACGUCUCAUCCAUGGCUUACACUGGCAGAGAGUUCGACGACUUGUCUCCUGCAGUCCAGCACGAGGCAGGUGCUCAGGCCCGUUGUUUUGCCCGCGUGGAGCCAUCCCACAAAUCUAAAAUAGUGGAGUUCCUGCAGUCGCACGAUGAGAUCACGGCCAUGACUGGAGAUGGUGUAAAUGAUGCACCUGCUCUAAAGAAGGCUGAAAUCGGUAUUGCCAUGGGCUCGGGCACGGCGGUAGCCAAGACGGCCUCUGAGAUGGUGCUUGCUGAUGAUAACUUUGCAACCAUUGUAGCUGCUGUGGAAGAAGGUCGAGCCAUUUACAACAAUAUGAAACAAUUCAUCCGCUACCUCAUCUCCUCUAAUGUCGGAGAGGUGGUCUGUAUUUUCUUAACGGCGGCUCUGGGCUUCCCCGAGGCUCUAAUCCCAGUUCAACUCCUCUGGGUCAAUCUGGUGACCGAUGGUCUGCCUGCUACCGCACUGGGCUUCAACCCACCCGACCUGGACAUCAUGAGCAAACCCCCACGCAAUGCCAGAGAACCCCUCAUCUCCGGCUGGCUGUUUUUCAGAUACCUAGCUAUUGGCUGUUAUGUGGGUGCUGCUACUGUAGGUGCUGCUGCGUGGUGGUUUAUUGCUGCUGAAGACGGGCCCAGGGUCACAUUCUACCAGCUGAGCCACUUCCUUCAAUGCGCUCCAGACAACCCUGAGUUUGAGGGCCUGAAGUGUGAAGUCUUUGAGUCUCCAUAUCCAAUGACCAUGGCUCUGUCUGUUCUCGUCACCAUUGAGAUGUGCAAUGCCCUCAACAGUGUUUCUGAGAACCAGUCUCUGGUUCGUAUGCCCCCUUGGGAGAACGUGUGGCUGCUUGGAGCCAUCUGCCUCUCCAUGUCCCUUCACUUCCUCAUCCUUUAUGUAGAGCCUCUACCGAUAAUCUUUCAGAUCACCCCACUAAACCUGACCCAGUGGCUUAUGGUGCUGAAGAUCUCCCUGCCAGUCAUCUUGCUGGACGAGGUGCUCAAGUUCGCAGCCAGAAACUAUCUGGACCCCGGUAACGACCUGGACGAGCCGAAGGGCAAGACCUGCUGCCUCGGCAAGUGCAUGGAGGGCAUCUCCUGGCCCUUCGUGGCUCUCUCACUCCCCCUGGUGCUGUGGAUCUACAGCACUGACACUAACUUGGCCGAGAUGUUCUGGUCUUGACUGAAAUGAGCACAGAGACCACACUAUGUGUGUAGAUAACGUGUAUAUGUGUGUCUGUAUGCGUGGUUGUGCGUUUAAAGUGUGCCUCUGCAGCGGUGAAUGUGUACAAGAUGAAAUUAACAUACGUGUAACAGUAAUAUAGAAAUAAUUUUUUUAACUGUCCUGUGGGGAUAAAGUAGACCACGCAGAACUGAAGUCUUUAUUAAGUAUUAGUGACCAGUAAUGUUCCAAGAUUGUUUGUGGCAUUCCCGCUGGUUUCUUGUUUCAUUUUUUUUAUUAAUCAUUUGGAUAUGUUGUUUUUGUCUUGUCUCAUUUCAAACCGGUAUGAAUAAUGGUCAUUGCAUUUUGUUCACCCCCUGUAUCAUGUAUUCAUAUGCAAAAUAAGUGCUCGUGUAGAAACAUUUAACACUAUUUUAUGCAAUUGUUUGUUUUUCUUAUUCCAUUUUGGUAACUGAGAGUAAAGUUGGGUAGAGGAGAGAGAGAGAGAGAGAGAGUAUAGGACAGAAGAACUCUUUACUAAUGUUUACCUUCGGCAUCAACGUUACUCCGAGCCAAUGGACAAGCAUGUUGUAGAAAAGCAACAUGGGAAAAGAAGAGUGUGGGACAAAAUUGACCAAGUCAAAUCCCGGGAUGAAAGCUGCAUGUUGUGUACUUGCAUGCAUUUUGUGUGGGUUUACAUUUGAUUUGUACCUGUGUGUGUAAUACCUUGCAUUCUUUUGUUUUUCACUAUUACCCAACACUUGAUUAGUAAAGCCAGUUUUUCUGCACUAGGCAGAGUACAGCUACCUCAGGACUGUCAGAUUAGACUCUCUGGUUGCUUUCUCCCACUUAGCUUUACAUACACGGCUUGUACACAUUAGACAUUGACUGCAUGAGGUGUGCCUCUUAUUUGGCUUGUGAUAACAAACAAAACUCAUUUUUGUUGGCCCUAACUAAUGUUUUAAGUUUUAGUAUUUUAUAAUUCUUGCAUUAACUUAAUUUGUGUUUUCUUUUUGUGAUGGGGUGGGAUGGACAAAAGAUGUAAAUGUUACCGUUUGGGUGGGUGGGAGUGGAGUCAAAGGAGUAAAAUAUUUAACAAGCAAAGAUAUAAGGGUUGCAUUUAAAAAUGUGAAUUUUACGAUGCAAAACCAAAAUGUUUCACGCGACCUUUUUCUACUUUUAAGAAAAUACACUCAUGAACCAUUGAAUUAAAA